GUGCACGCAUAUAAAUUUACUAGCAUUUGGCGAUAUCGAUGUCUACGAGCGUCCAGCCACGAUUUCGUCGCGGAUCCACAUGACUCAAGCAGCAACGAAUUGCGUAUGAGUGUUGACGUGUUAUAUCAGAAAUUCAGGUCCGCACGAGUGGUGGAGCUAGCCUAAUAACGUGACCGCAAUAGUCACACCUGUAACCCCUAUCUUCCCUCCUCCACAUCCAUUCACUCUUUUCAGCUGCCCCCCAAACAGCCAUUAUGGCUUCGCAGGCUACUCUUGCUGGCCUUCCGAGCGAGUUGCUGGGUGGCAUCGCUGCCGAAUUGCCCACAAACCGCGACGUCAGAAACUUACGGCUGACUUGCAAGAUUCUGAGCGAAGCCGUACUCGCUAGCCUUAAGCUCAGCCGGGUUUUUCUUUCCGCCCACCCGGUCAACAUCGAGGUCUUGAGAGCUAUUGCGGACCACGAUUAUUUCCGGUAUAAGGUGACUGAGCUUAUUUGGGAUGAUGCGCGAUUCGUCAAUAGAGGAGACGACGUGGGCUUCGAUGAAGACGGCAGUGAAUUGGACGAAGACGAUAUGGAAAUAGCAGAAAUGUACGCUGACGAUCCCGAUGAGCGGCCUCACCAAGGCCAGAAGUACCCAGAAUGGUUUGGCAUUGCUCUCGAUUAUAAUUAUCUUUGGGGUCCUGGCUUGGAUAGACGUCUGAGCGAAGCUAAAAGGUUUUCCUCGGACUCGCAAAAGCUUGUUAGUCAAAGCGAAGCAGAGUUGCCUCCCGCGCGGGCAUGGAAAUAUUAUCGACAGUUGCUUCAACAGCAAGACGAGGUACUGCAAUCGACACCCGCGCUUGAUGAGGAAGCCUUAAAAUACGCGCUUGCCCGCUUUCCUAAUCUCAGGAGAAUCACCCUCACGCCAGCUGCCCACGGCUUUCUCUUCAUGCCGCUCUACCGCACCCCGCUGAUCCGCCAACUCCCGCGUGGCCUGAACUACCCACUCCCGCGUGGCUGGCCGACAGCUCCUUACGCUGAGCCGGCCCCAGAGGCUCCUCUCUGGCAAUCCGAGCACGUGAAGAACAUGUGGAGGGGGUUUCGUAUUAUCACGCGGGCAUUGGCUCAGGAUGAUUCCCACUCUGUCUCCGAGUUCCUCGUGGACGUUAACUACCUCGACAGUGGGUUGACGUACCAUGUCUUUGAUGACAAGUCCCAUCAAGAGUACAAAGACUUGGUCACAGUCAUGAGUCGACCAGGAUUCAGAAGGCUUGAUCUGUCUCUGUCGGCUGGCGAUGCUGAGGAUGGUGAGAACUGGACUGCCUCGACCCACGAUAAUCUGCGCCAUGCUCUGGGCUGCGCAGCGCUGGAGCACUUCAGACUCAGCACGAAUGCAAGCAGAGCUAGGAGUGGAAUAAGACAACAGCUCGAUAGUUUUAUCCCGUUACGACAGCUUCUUCCGAUAGAAGCGUGGCCGCGGUUGCGUCAUUUCGGAAUCGCAGGUAUUGUCGUUGACACAAACGAACUUGUGGACGUGCUUGCAAGCCUACCAACCACUUUACGAACCGUGGAACUUAGCUUCCUCCUUUUCAAGGAGGGCGGCGGGGGAAGCUACAAGGAGCUUCUCGAAAAGAUACGGGAUAAGCUUCCCUGGGCUGACUGGGAGAUUCGACCGACAUUAAUCCUGAAGACGCACUACCUUCCCAAUCCCUACCACGGGAAGACCACGUGGUAUAGUAAGGAAGCCACUCGGUUUAUAUAUGGCGAACAAGAGCAUCUAUUUGGACAGAAGCCACACAAGGGCUUUAACUCGGUCCCGUAUGGUAAAGGCCUGGGGGGUGUUUCUCGCGACGAGUUUGACCCGACGUGGGAAAAGCCAAGUGGGUGAGUGGAGUGGAAAGAUUCGACUACAAAUACAUCGAUAGUGGAGCAGAUGGUGUUGAGCUUUUGAGUAUGGUAGAGCAGUGUAUAAAACAAGCAUGACAACCCCAACUACCUCCUGAGCCGAGAACAGGGCGUUGGCCCGGACCAUACCGUGCGCAGAGGAAUUUUGCGAGCGAGGGUUGGAUGUAGAGAAGCC